UCGUUUUCGUAUAUAAAUUCAAAUUUGACCAUCGGCUUUCAGUCCAACAUAUUUCCUACUCGUUUGCGUGAGUUUUUUCGUUUACCUAUUCUCUCGUUCCUAGUUACUCGUUGCUCGUUGCUCGUGUUAAGCAUUUGAAAAAUGGAAUCGUUCCUAUACUGUGUUUUAGGUUUGUUCGUCUUACAAACGGCGACGGUUCUGGCUGAUGGCAGCAGCCGUGCUGAAAGGGAUAUCGGAUUGACUUCGUCUUUCGCCAACAACAAUAAGCAAUACAGCGGAUAUAGCAGUCUGUACCCGAACAAUCAAUUCGGAAGCUAUCAAGCGAGUUCUUCGUUCGGAAAAAUUGCCAGCCCCAGCGUCGGCGUCGGCGUCGCUCCAGUAGCACCUUUGAAACCAUCGUCGGCGUCGUCGGUAGCCGCUGCUCCGUACUACGGUAACUCGCAGUACGCGUACCAGCCGUACAGCGCGUACAACGCGUACAACGCUUACCCGUACUCGUCGUCGUACUCUUCGUACCCGUACAAUUAUCCGUCGUCUUCUUACUACAACUCGGGCUACUACAACAACAAUUACUACCCGUACAACGCCGCCAGCGCCACCGCCACCGCCUACAACAACCGAUACCCGUAUUCGUCGCCCUACUACUACGGAAACAACUACAACAACGGCCAAUACUACAAUAAUUACAAUUACGACCAAUACUACAGAUCCGGCUUCGGACCGGCUCCGGCUGCCGCUGCGUACUCGGCGUUCCCGUACUCCGCGUCGCCGUACUACUCUUCACCCGCCGCUUAUCCUACCGCUCCCUCGGUCGCCGAGUCUUCCGAAAAGAAGGAAUAAUCGCCCCCAUGUCCCAUGUCCCAUCUCUCUUUCCUAGCACAUAGUACGUCCUACCCUACGUGUACGUCUACGUAGUACGUACUACGUACAUCUAUGUACCUCGUACCACAUCCAACUUCUCACUGUUCAGUAUUCACUAUUCAGUAGUAGCCUAUACCUAAUUACCUACCUUCCUGAGUACUCGAGUAUACUCAUUUACUACAUUUGUACGAACGCUCCUGCGAGUGUAUUGUACUCGUAUUACCUACAAAUACAUAUAGGUAUACCUAUCAAUCGAUUUUUCUCGCACUUAUUGCAAGAUUUCACUCGUGUUUGUUUUUCAUAUGGUACGGUGUAUGUAAAUGUUAAAUGUACUUAUUAUGUGCCUAAUAUACCUACCCCUAUAGGUAUCUAAUUUUGUUCUCGGCUCAUUCAAAUAAAAUCAUUACUUACCUA